UCGCUGCCUUAACCGAAUAAACUUGCGGAACAGUUAAAAAAAAAAGAAAAAAAAAAAAAAAGAAUUUGCGGAUCUAUCGGAUACGCACUCUCCUCGAUUCCGAAUCUGAUCUUCUACUCUUCUCCGAUUCACACACAUUCCGAUUCUCGAAUGAUCCAAUCGUUGAUCGGCGGUGGCAGAAAAUUCGACUCCUGUGAGAAAAGAAACCCUAACUUUCUCAUUGGAGCAUUCAAAGCUCUUUUUUAAUGCCAGACCUCAAAGAACGCCUACUCCCACCAAAACCUGCAUCAGCUGCAAAUCUUAGAGACCCAUCUUAUCGACCUUCUGCCUCUGGUCGUCAACCCUUUCAAGUUGUGGAUGUUGUAGGCCUGAAAAAGCGUGGCCAAGGCCUUCGAUCAUGGAUUCAUGUUGAUGCAUCAGGGAACUCCCAAGUGAUUGAGGUUGACAAGUUCACAAUGAUGCGUCGUUGUGAUCUUCCUGCCCGUGAUCUACGCUUGCUUGAUCCAUUAUUCGUAUACCCGUCAACAAUUCUUGGCAGAGAGAAGGCCAUUGUUGUUAAUCUUGAGCAAAUUCGAUGUAUUAUCACAGCUGAUGAGGUUCUUCUUUUGAAUUCUCUUGAUAGCUAUGUAUUUCACUAUGUGGCGGAGCUACAACGGCGGUUGACAACUGCUGGUGUAGGUGAGGUUUGGCAGUCAGAACGUAAUGAGUUGAGCAGGAGAGGAAAUAAGAGUUUUGACAACAUGUUUGGGAGCGUGUCACCUGAUUACUUGCCCUUUGAGUUUAGGGCUCUUGAAAUUGCUCUGGAGGCUGCCUGUACAUUUCUUGAUUCUCAGGCAACAGAAUUAGAAAUUGAAGCAUAUCCACUGUUAGAUGAACUCACGUCGAAGAUCAGCACCUUAAACUUGGAACGUGUGCGUCGACUGAAAAGUAGACUUGUUGCCUUAACUCGACGAGUUCAAAAGGUUAGGGAUGAGAUAGAGCAGCUGAUGGAUGAUGAUGGAGAUAUGGCCGAAAUGUAUCUCACUGAAAAAAAAAUGCGGAUGGAAUCAUCAUUCUACGGCGACCAAGCUCUAAUGGGAUACCGAUCAACUGACGGUGUGCAGUCUGCUUCAGCUCCAGUUUCUCCCGUUUCUUCACCCCCCGAGAGUAGGAAGCUCGAGAAAAGCUUGAGUACUGCUAGGAGCCGUCACGAGAGCACACGAAGUAGUACUGAAAGUGCUACAGAGAGUAUUGCAGAACUGGAGAUGUUGUUGGAGGCCUACUUUGUUGUCAUUGACAGCACCCUCAACAAGCUCACAUCGCUACGGGAGUACAUUGAUGACACAGAAGAUUUCAUCAACAUUCAGCUGGAUAAUGUUCGAAACCAGCUUAUACAAUUCGAGCUGCUACUGACAACUGCAACAUUUGUGGUUGCGAUAUUUGGCGUGGUAGCGGGGAUAUUUGGCAUGAAUUUUCCAAUACCAUUGUUUGAUGACGAGGGUGCGUUCAAGUGGGUGCUAGUAAUAACAGGAGUAGCUGGAAUCGUCAUAUUUUGUUCAUUUUUGUGGUUUUUCAAGUACCGAAGAUUGAUGCCGCUGUAGAUGAUAGUGAAGCAAAUUGCAAUUACUUGAAGCAAAAAAAUGCUAUCGAGUAUUAUUAAUGUCAUCAUUUACUGUUGUGUUCUUUAUUGAAAAUUGAAAAAAUAUAAGAAAUGAAAAUAUGGCUCUCUCUAAGAGCAAUUCUUUCUAUUUUUUAGAGGUCCAUAAUUUGGUUGUAUA